AUGAUCGAAUGCAUCGAUUCAUCGUAUCUCGGCAACGGUGAACGAUGUGAUAACGUGCAAACUAGAAGAAAGAUCGUAAACCCACGAAAGAAAAUGUCACCCGUCACUAGAGAUUACUUUUAUGCUGACAAUUAUUACGAUUACGCCGUUCAGCCUCGUUCUUUCAACAACUCCGCUCUUCCAGCGGCGCACUUUCACUGGAGCUCGCUGACUCGUAUCGUUCUGACGAUCCUGUUACGCGUCGGUUUCGUCCUUAUACAGAUCGGCAGUGUGCCGGUUAACAAUGUUAAUCUGAUACUCCUUCAAAAUGUGGUUGAUCUAUGUUGCGUCACCGUUAUGUACUUCCUAACGGGUUUUCUCGUCGCCUACAACGGCGAUAUAGCCGGUUUAAUCGGCGCAGGCCACUGGAUCGGUGAUCCAUCGAUCGACAAGAACGAAGCGAUUAUAGGCUGGCAGGCGAUAGUGAUUGCCUCGGCGAUUUACACCACCGCCGUCAUAGGCAGGAUGCAUGCUGCGGGGUAUCUGCUGGUCAAUAUUCUCAUAUCAGGUCUGAUACAACCGUUAAUCAUCCACUGGGCCUGGACUGCGGAGGGAUGGAUGGCAAAGAACGAAUUAGGCGGAAGAACGGUCGCUUUCAAGGAUUACGCGGGCGCGGGGGUGGUUCACGUCGUCGGAGGACUUUCCGGUUUGAUUGGAUGCAUCGUCCUUGGCAGAAGAAUGCUUAGAUUGAAAGACCUGGACGAUGCGAGUAUCACUGCUGGCUCCGCUGGAACUGUUUUCGGGGGUCUGCUAUUAGUCUUCACAGGGCUUCAAGGUUUAUUCAUGAAUAUGUACGAUCAUGACAAGUUCCGAAUGUUUACCUGGGAUCCGUCGCACGCGUACGUCAACAAUUUGCUGGCCGCCUCCUCUUGUACAUUGUUAGUCGUGGCUCUGCACUUCACAUUCAGCCGAGAAACCUUCAAUCAUUGGACAAUAAUGAGAUGCGUUCAGGGUACAAUUGCCGGUGUGGUGAUAGUGUCAGCUGCGGCGAACGAAUAUUCGCCGCAAACAGCUAUCAUCCUCGGUUGCCUGGGAGGUAUCGUGUUUUAUUUGGUCUCCAGACAGAUUUUUCGCAGCGCUCUAGAGGAUUAUUGCAACGUUAUAGCUAUACACCUUGUUUGCGCAAUUCUCGGGAGUAUUCUCGCCCCUAUCUGCGGCGCACGUACUGAUGAAGACACCGUGACAAUAUUAUUGAAUUUCUCUUGGCAAUUAAUUUGUCUGGUUGCAUUGCUGUCACUAGUCGGUAUAACAAUGCUGCUGAUCUUCAGAAUGCUGGAAUGUUGCAAUGUACUUCGCAACAAAUCGGAGUAUCUGAAUCAUUUACGAGCCAAUGCUGCCGUCGACAAAGGUCCACCAAGAUCGUUUCUGCAGAGACUUUUCUUUCCCGAUACUCGUUGCUUUUAUCUACAACCAGGAUCGACUUCUAGUACAGAACAUCAUUCAAAAAUUGGUCCCAGAUUUUGGGAAUAUCAAACGGAAAUAGAUAAACUUGAAGAAAGACCUACUGCUACGAAUAAAUUGGACACGAGUGUCAAAAUUGAAGACAAUCUUAGAAUUCAAGCGCCAGGAGAAAGAAUAAAAAAAGCGAGGCAAGUGCAUACUUUAUCCGCAAGUACACCUGUGUUGAUAGAGGACCAAGGUGGUACUGGUGAAUCAAUAAAUAACGAUCUUUCGGAAACUGGAAGAAAACAAUUUUUUGGAAGAGGAAUAAAAUGUAUUCUAGAUCCAAUCGAAGAAAUAGACGAAGAGGUUGCAAAAGAAUUUGAAGUCAAGGAAAGUAAUGCUCAUAAUAUUGAAAAUUAUAAUAUUGUCGAAGACAAAGAUUCAAUCCUUAUGGAAACUUUUAACAUGUCUGCGGAACUGAAAAACUUGAAUGAGUCGAAUUAUCAACUUCGGAGAACUGUAAAACUAACAAAUUUACAUCACGAAUUUAUCAAGGAAGAUUUGAAAACUAUAUUGGGACCAAAACGCAUGGAUUCUUCAUCCAGUGAUUCGUGUGAUGAAGACAUUAUUUUUAUGAAGACAUUAGGCUUGAACGAAUCUCUGAAAAAUAUUGCAACUAAUGAUUCUGUUACAGAAACUAUCCCCCAUGCUUCCUGCUGCCGCACGGAAAUUUGA